AUGUCCGAAUCCCUGCUUGAUAUGCGUCGGGCGGAUAAGGAGGCGAAGCGGGCUCACGACCACAAGGCGAAAUGGGCUUACGGUAGUCGACGUGCUCGUACUGUUCCUGACCCCCUCUCGUCGGUGCUUCCUCCUGCGCGCCCAGCGAUGCCGAUCACCCAUAGCAUGAACUUCACACGUGCCCUGCGGUUCGAUCGCAAGAGCCAGUCCAACCACCUGGCCAGCGAUGCGAAGAUAGCCCUUCGCGCCGAUGUCCGGGAGGCUCUCGAGAGUGGUCCGUCCGACUCUUCCGGGGAUGAUGUCGCCGCCCCGGGAUCCGUCAGUCGAAUCCAAGAGGAGCUCGAGGACAAAAAUAGCUCCUUGCUCGACUAUGACGUUUCGGGGCAGACUAUACUCUCGGACGCGGUGAGCAAGGCAGUUGAGAAGUUUGAGAUCAAGGAGACAGAGAAGAUUAUCAAGACGUAUGAGAUAAUCUCUCACGAGAGCGAGACGGCUAUCGGCUAUCUGGCUGAUGAUGAUGACUUCGAAUUGGUGGACCACGUCCAUGCUUGA